CUGAUGUCCUUACUUGGAGACCUGGACCCAGAUUGGACUCCUGACAACUAUGAGUACAGCCAAGAGUAUGACCAUCUGCAAGACAACACCACUAGUGAGUUUGCCUACGCGGAGAGUCCUGAUUGGUACUACACAGAGGAUGAUCCGUGCGAGUCCAACCCCUGCAAGCACGGUGGGGACUGCCUCGUCAGUGGGGACACCUUCACAUGCAGCUGCCCAGCCCUGUUCUCUGGGAGCAGGUGUCAGAAGGUGAAAAACACGUGCAAGAAUAACCCAUGUGGCCGGGGUGAAUGCCUCAUUACCCAGAACCCUCCCUACUACCGCUGUGUCUGUAAACAUCCUUACACAGGUCCAGAAUGCUCCCGACUCGUUAGGGUAUGCAGGUCAAACCCUUGUCAAAAUGGUGGCACCUGCUCCCGGCAUAAGAAGAUACACAAGUUUACCUGCACCUGCCCUGACCAGUUCAAGGGGAAGCUCUGUGACAUAGGUCCUGACGACUGCUAUGUUGGUGAUGGUUACUCUUACCGAGGGAAUGUCAGUAAUACUGUCAAUCGGCACACAUGCCUUUACUGGAACUCCCACCUCCUCUUGCAGGAGAAUUACAACAUCUUUAUGGAGGAUGCUGAGGUCCAUGGGAUUGGGGAACACAACUUCUGCAGAAAUCCAGAUGGAGAUAAAAAGCCCUGGUGUUUCAUCAAAGUGAACAAGGCAAAGGUGAAAUGGGAAUACUGUGACGUGUCAGUGUGCUCACCCCUGGAUAUUGUCAGACCAGAGGGAAGCUCCAUCAUCAAGCAUCCUGAGUUUAACUCUUGCGGAAGAACUGAGACAGCGGAAAGGAAAAUCAAGAGGAUCUAUGGAGGCUUCAAGAGCACGGCGGGCAAGCACCCGUGGCAGGCGUCCCUGCAGACCACACUGCCACUGACCUACUCCAUGCCCCGGGGCCACUUCUGUGGGGGGGCGCUGAUUCACCCCUGCUGGGUGCUCACUGCUGCCCACUGCACUGACCUGAAAGCCAAACAUCUGAGAGUGGUGCUAGGGGACCAGGACCUGAUGAAGACAGAACUCCAUGAGCAGAGCUUUGAGGUGGAAAAGAUCUUUAAGUCGAGCCACUAUUAUGAAAGAGACGAUAUUCCCUACAAUGAUGUUGCUUUGCUCAAGUUAAAGCCAGUGGAUGGUCACUGUGCUCUGGAAUCCAAGUAUGUGAAGACAGUGUGCAUGCCUGAGAGUCCCUUUCCCUCCGGGACAGAGUGUCACAUCUCUGGCUGGGGUAUUACAGAAACAGGGGAAGGGUCCCGCCAGCUCCUGGACGCCAAAGUCAAGCUGAUAGCCAACACUUUGUGCAACUCCCGGCAGCUCUAUGAUCACAUGAUCACUGAUGGCAUGAUCUGUGCAGGCAACCUUCAGAAACCUGGACAGGAUACCUGCCAGGGAGACUCGGGAGGCCCUCUGACCUGUGAGAAGGAUGGCACCUACUACAUCUAUGGGAUAGUGAGCUGGGGCUUGGAAUGUGGGAAGAAGCCAGGGGUCUACACCCAAGUGACCAAGUUUCUAAGUUGGAUCCAAACCACCAUCCAAAGAGAGUCUGGCUUCUAA